AUGUUCGAAAUAAACGUUCUUCCAUCUGUAUGGGCCACCAAAAUGACACAUCAAAUGGUCGAAACUUUUGCUAACGGAAAUUACAGACUUCCCACACGAAACUCACCUUUGAAAUUUUUUCGAGUGGGAUGCUCGGUACACACAUGUGUAGAUAAUGAAAAAAUAAAACUUUUGCUAUCGUUUUGGUUGUUUGAGAGCUUUGCGUUUGUUCCGAGAUCGCUCUCGCGAGUCUAAAAACUAGAGACUACAUUGAGUAUUGAGUAGGCGACCUGGCACGAGCAGUUCACCCAUGUAUCUCUGACGGUGCUAAGAUGUAUCUUACAGAUACUGUGCGCCAUUAGUCGUGGUUUAAAUCUUGCUGCGUUCGCUGCCGAGCUGUGAAGAUGCAAGCGUAAAGUGCUAAGUUCUUGGAUGCAAACCCAACGAAAUCGAUACACAAAUUCGAGAGAAAGUAGAAAUACAGCAAAAAGUAGAGUAAUCAGCUCAGCGAAUAAGAAGUUAGAAAGUCCUCAAAAUGAGUGGAGAUCCCAUCCACCGAAGAAGAAUGGCCCUUCACUGCCCCAUAGCGAGCCUGAUCCUGCUCCUGAUCGCCAUGUCCGCCCAUGGCUACAACAUCGACCUGCCCAGCUACGUCCGUUUCCGGCAGUCCAGCAACUCGAUGUUCGGAUUCAGCAUUGCGAUGCACAAGGGUCGCAGUGGAUUCUACGGCAAUCAGAACAAUGUCAGUUUGAUUGUCGGAGCCCCCAAAUUCGACACCUCCCGCUAUCAACAGGGCGUGACCGAGGCAGGAGGCGUUUUCAAAUGCAGCCUGAACGACGACGACUGCAAAUUGGUGCCAUUCGACUCUAAAGGCAACAAUCGCAAUGUGGACAAGGAGGUCGUGGACAGGAAAUCCUAUCAAUGGUUGGGCGCCACUGUGGCCACCGGUCGGGAUAGUGACUUGGUUGUGGCCUGCGCACCGCGCUAUGUCUUCCACACGAUGACGCCAUCGAGGGCGUUCCGCAUUGAUCCCGUGGGCACCUGCUUCACCUCGCACAACUUCGAGGAGUUCUACGAGGUCUCCCCCUGCCGGACAAACAACUGGGGUUAUCAUCGCCAGGGCUCGUGUCAGGCUGGAUUCAGUGCAGCGAUCAACGGGAAUGGCUCGCGUCUGUUCAUUGGCGCACCUGGCAGUUGGUAUUGGCAAGGACAAACCUACUCGAUACCGCCCGAUGCCGAGUUUCCAUUUAAGCCGCCUCUUUAUCAGCCCUUCGGCACUGGAGGUAUGGCCAGCUCCCACGACGUGACCAGGCCGGAGAACCAAGUGUUCUCCACCUCGGAGAGUGCCUCGGUGAACGAUGACUCCUAUUUGGGCUACUCAAUGGUCACCGGUGAUUUCGAUGGCGAUCGCAGCGAGGAUGUGGCCAUUGGAAUGCCCCGCGGUGGUAAUCUCGUCGGAAGGAUCGUCGUUAAUCGCUGGAACAUGGCGAACAUCUUUAAUAUUACGGGUCGCCAGAUUGGCGAGUACUUUGGCUACUCCUUGGCCACCAGCGAUGUGGAUGGCGACGGCCUGGACGAUCUGCUUAUCGGUGCUCCCAUGUACACGGAUCCCGACAACGUCGAGGGCAAAUACGAUGUGGGCAGGGUGUACAUCCUGCUGCAGGGCGGUCCCACCGAGGAGAAGCGUUGGACUACGGAGCACAUUCGCGAUGGCUACCACAGCAAGGGUAGAUUCGGCUUGGCCCUGACCACCUUGGGCGAUGUGAAUGGCGAUGGCUAUGGAGACUUCGCCGUGGGUGCGCCCUACGAUGGACCCGAGGGUCGUGGAGUGGUCUAUAUCUUCCAUGGCUCGCCGAUGGGUCCACUGGCCAAACCGUCGCAGAUCAUCAAGUCCGAGCAGUUGGUGGAGGGAGCUCCCUAUCCGCGAACAUUUGGCUUCGCCCUGUCCGGCGGUCUGGACAUGGACGGCAAUACCUAUCCAGAUCUUGCCGUGGGCGCCUACAGCUCCGACCAGGUGUUCAUCUUCAAGUCGCGACCUGUGGCCGCAGUCAAUGCCGAAACCAGUUUCGCCAGCAACUCGAAGCUGAUCAGUCUGGACGACAGGAGCUGUCAGCUGCUCAGGGAUCACAAGAAGGUGCCCUGCAUGCUACUGACCACCUGCUGGAGCUACACGGGUCGCUAUCUGCCCGAGCAACUGGACUUCGAUGUGUCCUGGCUGCUGGACGCCAAGAAGUUGCCCAAUCCCCGCAUGUUCUUCCUGAGGGAUGAGGGAAAGAACAUCAGGAAUCAGACGAUCCGCUUGAACUAUGGCCAGAAGUACUGCCUGAACGAGACCGUCUAUCUGCUGGACAAGGUGCAGGAUAAGCUGACGCCUCUGGAGGUGGAAGCCCGCUACAAUUUGCGCAGUAGUCGUCCCUUGGACCCGAUGGUUCGUCGUAGGAGGAGCAUCCUUGAGCCGGUUAUUGAUCAGAACCGGGAGAUCGUCCUGCGGGAUGCCAUCAACAUUCAGAAGAACUGUGGGCCCGACAAUAUUUGCGAGCCAGAUCUCAAACUGAAAGUCAGCACUGUGGACAAGUAUCUGUUUGGCUCACCCGAACCUCUGGUCAUCGAGGUCUUUAUCUCGAACACCAAUGAGGAUGCCUUCGAGGCUGCCUUCUACAUGGUCACCCCGCCGGAUCUUCAGUUCAGGAAGCUGCAGCAGCUGGGCGAGAAGAAGGACACGCCCAUCACCUGCUCGCCGCCCACUCCGGAGAACAACCACACACUCAAGUGCGACAUUGGAAACCCGUUAGAGUCUGGAAAGAUUGCUCACUUCAAGAUCAGCUUGGUGCCGGAGGAGAAGUACGGUAGCUCGUCCAGCUACGACUUCUACUGGGAGGCCAAUUCCACGAACCUGGAGAAACCCGGCUCCGAAUACGACAACAAGAUCCGCCAAAGCGUGGGCAUCUGGGUGGACACGGAUCUGGACAUCAAGGGCACCUCCCUGCCAGACUACCAGCUGUACAAGGCCGACGACUACAAGGAGUUGGAGAAUGCCACCAAGGAGGACGAUAUUGGACCGCAGGUGGUGCACAUCUACGAGAUCCGCAACAAUCGUCCCUCGAUCAUCGAGGAGGCGGAGGUCUUCAUCCAUCUGCCCUACGAGACAAUCGUCGGGGAUCCUCUGAUGUACCUGUUGAAUCAACCAGAAACCGGGGGCAAGAUCCAGUGCGACGAUGUGGCAUUCAAUGAGUACAAUCUGCUGCUGGACGAGAAGCUCCUGAAGAAGUCCUAUCUGCAGGCCCAGGGCGCCAUUUGGAAUUCGGCCCAGGUCUCUGGCCAAUCGUCUAGCUCCUCAUCAUCCAGCGGUGCCAGCGUUCACAUCGAGAAGGCCCGCGGUGAGGGUUUCGUUAGAGGAGUCUUGGUCAGCAAUAGCACCGAUGCGGGUGACAAACUAAGUCCCAAGCAAGUGGAACAACGGCGGCAGGAGGACACCUUGGAGGCGCUUGGGGAUGCAUCCUUCGUGCACCGCGAUCGCGCCAGUCAGGCGGUCCAGGAACCACGAGUUAACCAGACCAGCUUCACUACCUACUCCACCAGCAGCUCUUCCUCCGGUUCGGGUGCUCCAUCGGCACAACUGCGUGGCCACAGCACACAGGGUCACAUCCAGAUGGCCGGACCAGUUCAGCACACGAGCAGCUCCUCCUCUUCCAACUACCGAUCUUGGCCAGCGCAGCAGCAGCAGCAGCAUCAUCAGCAACUACUUUUAGCCGGUUCCGGAGGAUCUGGCCUUGGAUCUCCAGUUACCUUUAACGACAAAUCGCAAUUUGGUGGCCGUAACAACAACUUCCACACCGGUACUCUGGAUUUGGGCACCCUAAACCGAGGCAAUGUGGACAGCGAGCUGUACAGGAGUCAGGGUCAAUACCAGAAUCCCAGCCAGAGUCUGGGCCAAAGCCAGGGUCAGUUCCAGGCCAAUGCCAACCAGGGACACUACCAGGGACAAAACCAGGCCCAGUUCCAGGCUCGCAAUCCGGGCUUCCAGGGACAGACUUCCUACCAGGGACAGACGCAGUACAGUGGCCAACCCGGCGGCUAUCAGACCCACCAUGUAACCUACUCCUCUGGCAGCAAGCCCUACUAUGGCCGCGAGAAUGAGGACUUCUACGACGAGGAUAACCUGCAGCAGGCAACGCCUGGACACUGGAGCAGCAGCAGUAGCUCCAGCUCCAGUUCCGGCACACGCCGCCUGCGGAGGUCCAACGAUAAGGAGGGAGCGGCGGAGAAGCCACAACAGAUCGACCUGAACUCACCAUGCCAGUCGGCAAGGUGUAAGAGCAUCCGUUGCGUGGUAACGAAUCUAGGCACCGAGGACGGCGACGCCGCCUUUGUGGCCAUCCGUGCACGCAUGGUGGCCAAGACGAUGGAGAAGCUGGCCUCCAAUGUGCCACUGAAUGUGUCCACCCUGGCGGUGGCCAAUGUCACACUGCUGCCCUUCAUCGGAGCGCCCAAGGAUGCCAUCGUGAAGACGCACGAGAUCUUCUACAAGGCGGAACCGGAACCGCUCCAGGUGCCCGAUGUGGUGCCUCUGUGGGUCGUCGUCCUGGCCGCCUGUGCCGGAGCCCUCAUCUUCCUGCUGCUCGUCUGGCUGCUCUACAAGUGCGGCUUCUUUAACCGCAACCGGCCAACGGAUCACUCGCAGGAGCGGCAGCCACUGAGGAAUGGAUACCACGGCGACGAGCACCUGUAGAGUGCCGGGAUGUCCUGCAGGUCCUCCAGUUUAGCAAAGGCAGCGAUCGUAGCAAGGGAACUAACAUAGCCACGAAAUAUCUCUAACAUCGCACUAAAACCAAAACCAAAACGUACUAAAAACAACGAAACGGCUCUAAGACGUACUAAAAUCGAGCUCUUAGUCGAGUUUUAAACCAUGCGAUGUCGACACGGGAGUUGCCAGUGGAUAAUCCCCUCUAUAUAGAUUAUUUUGGGGGAUCAGCCUGCUGCUUGGAAAACACGAUGGAGAACAUUGUUAGAAAACAACACAUUUAAACUUGCCUAGUCACGACAUGAAGAACUUUCUAAUGCGUAAAGGUUUUUUAACUUUAACAAACACACACUUUUUUUUAUAAUUUUUAGACUUUUGUGUUUUUGUUCUUUGCAAAAAUUUCGAGGAAAGUUACACAAGUGCUAUAUUAAUCUGUACUAAGGAAGCGAAUUGAAGAAGUCGAAAGGAACCUAGGCUAAGUGAGUGAAUGACUGAAUGAGUCAGUUGAAUGACUGAGUGAAUGAACACUGAUUGAAUGUGAGUGAUAGCCAAUAUGGAAAUAUCGAAGUUAUAAGUUCUGAAUCGAGAAAGAGGGGAGAAUGUAGAGCCGAUAGCUGCCCAAUACUGCCACGCCCCCAGCAGCCCAGGCAUGGAAAUUAAUACAGAGAAAAUCCACACUUAUUAGGUGCUACUGUAAUUUUUUUUAAAUCGCUUAAAAUUAUUCGGCGUUUGCCUAGUGCAAAGCCCAUUUAUGGACAAUUGUUUGCCAAACUCAAAGUUUGCCUGUCGGAGGAAAAGUUACAACGCCAAAAUGUGUUGAAAAA